UGAAUCUAUUUAGUCUACGCUUGGAUAUCGCCGGGUUUGGAACAAUUCGGAGCGGUUGGCGUUUGGAGUUUAGUAGAUAUAUUGACAACUUCAUGCUGCAACAGCGUUUCUCGUAUCAUACGUUGGAAAGUUGAGGAUAAAGGCAGCGAAAAUGAAAUAUCUCGGGAAUAAAAAGUCAGGGAAAGACCCGCAGUACCGGAAUAUAAUCGAAUCCUACGAAAUUACGCGAAAGAGAAAUAUUAACAUUCACUGGUACAUGCUGGGAUUCUUUGUUGUCCUUUUGAUUUUGUAUCUAUUCACCUUGAACCUACAGCGAAUUGAGGAUGUAGCAGUAAUUAAUCUGGAUACUAGGCAAUCCGUACACAGACGGACUUCAACGAGAUAUUUAUCCUAUGGAUUGGAUACAUCCUUGUUAAGAGACAUGAAAACAUUACCAAUCAAUGAUAAAAGAUUCGUCAUGUUAGCACGUCAUCUAAGUCCAGCCUACGUCAGAGUAGGCGGUACUUCUGCCGAUUGCUUAUUCUUUGAUGAGACGCCAUCAUCGUCGGCGGACAAAAUUUUUGAUCCAAUCAACGGAGAGGAUAUCUCAAAUUUCACAAUAACUCACAAAGAUUUCUUAGCUUUGAGUCGUUUUGCCCGAAAAAGUGGAGCCAGGAUGAUAUUUGAUCUAAAUGUUUUGCUCCGACGGCCCGAUGGUAGUUGGAAUUACUCAGAUGCCGAAAAGAUAAUUUCACUCGCCAAGGAGCACAAUAUUGAAUUGGAUUGGCAGUUGGGAAAUGAGCCAAACUCGUUCCACCACGUAUUUAACAGAACCGUUACAGCCACCCAAUUAGCAUCGGAUUACACGGUCCUCAGAAAGCUUCUGGAUGACAACGGAUACGAAUCUAGUAAUCUGAUCGGACCUGAAGUUAAUCAUAUAGGAGAUGCGAAUCACAAGGGUGAACUGUACGGUGCAGAGUUCUUGAAGCAUGCUAAUACCAGUGUGACUUACUUCUCCUGGCAUCAGUACUACUUGAAUGGUCACAUAGCAACAGUUGAAGACUUUAUCAAUCGGACUGUCUUCGAUUAUUUAGCAAACCAAAUAAAUUCUCUAUCAAACUUCAUCAGGGGCUAUCAUAUUCGCGUUUGGCUUUCUGAAACAAGCUCGGCUUGGGGAAGCGGUGCACCAAACUUGUCUGACAGAUUUGUGGCUGGAUUUUUGUGGCUGGACAAACUUGGAUAUAGCGCAUGGGCUGGAAUUGACGUUGUUACGAGACAGUCAUUUUUUGGCGGUAAUUACGCGCUUGUAGCACAUGAUUUGACUCCAAAUCCAGAUUGGUGGGUAAGCGUUAUCUACAAACAGUUUGUAUCUGAAAGGGUUUUGGAUCCACCCAUUCUGGAUUCUAAAGCAUUAAGACUGUACUGGCACUGUACGGCAAAAAGUGCGCUUAUCAAUAGAGUACCCGCCAUAACGCAAUACGGUGUCCAUCUGGAUAAUAAACCAAUGAAAGUUGCUAUCAGAAUGAUUAAUCCAGCGCCUUUGAAAUCGAUAACAUUGCAUCUGUAUGUUUUGACAGCGGAUCACUUGCAAUCCAGGUUCAUAAAAAUGAAUAACCAAACAUUGAUGCUGCGACCAGAUGGCAAAUUACCACCCUUUAACCCAAUAAUACUAGAUCCAGAUGAGAAAAUCGAACUUCCCCCUCACUCUAUGUAUUUUCUCAUUUAUCAUGGUAUGCGGAUACCUGCAUGUGAAGUUUAGGUGAUAGUGACGACUCCCCGCACAAAGUAGGUCUGUACGUAAGAAUAAAUGUCACCAAAUUUGAGGCGACGGUCUGAGACUGUGAUAUUGACCUGCCGGUCCUUUUCUCUUUAUACAGCAUACAGUAAGAUCCGAAAAUCUGUACAAACUUUAAACUUAUAAAAAAUAUUGUUUACGUGAAGUACGUUAAUUAAUUGUUGAAUAUUUGAACGUCGCCUUUAAUCUACUCAAAUCACAAAAGUCUAUUCAUGUGUUUCUCGUAAACAGUAGGUCAUGAGACUUUCAAACUCCUUCAAUCGAUUCAUAUAUGUAUAUAUGUGUGUGUAUUUUCUUUUUUUGAUACUUUUCUACUAUUUUACGCGAAAAUCUGAAUAACAUUGUCUUCCUGAGAAAUAAAAUUGGUCCAAUGAUGAAAGGUCUACACCGUUAAUUUAUUCAUUGUUAUUGGAUAAUCGACAGUAUGCGCAUACAUAUGGGAAAUUUAUGUUCACACUUAAUACUGUAAAAUGUAAUUCUAGGUGUGACAAUGGAAUGAAUGUUGAUACCAGUAUAUGUAUAAUAUGACUAUAAUGUGGCAGUUGCCAAAUAAAUUCUAGUAGGUGAGUAAUCAAGAAAACGACUUUAUGCAUAUUUUUGGGAAAUGCGGAUCGGACUAGUGACCAAACAGUCACAGGGUCGCAUCUUUACAUAUUCAUGCCCAGAACUGUCAGUUGAAAGCUAUAAAUAUGCCGCGUUUUGAUGUUAAACAAGACAGCGAAAUGAAAUAACUUAUUUACCGCUAUGUAUUAUCUAUUAUUAUCUGGUGGAACAAAGUUCUCCAUUUCAUCUAAGAACCGCCACCGCAAUUAAUUUACUAUUUAUUUCACAAAUUUCGCACAAGGAUGAGGGAAAUUAUGGAGUUGGUACUAGGCUAUGCUUAAACUUUGGCACCUUUGUACCAAAAAACUCUAGCAUCGAUGAAUUACAUUUCUAAAUUACUUUAUAUGUAGGAUCAAUUCAUGUACAUUAUAUGAAUUUAUCGUUAGGGAACAGAAGAUUACUAGUAAACUAUACACCCGAGUGGCACAAUCUUUACGUUUCAUUUUUUUUCAACCCUGCCAUUGAAUAAAAAAUAGGUAAAUACGAUCAAUCUCGUGUAAUUUCUUUUAUACAAGUGUAUCUGGCUUUGCGACAAAUUGAGUUAAUAAUUUUCAUCAAUAUUGGUAGAAAACAAAAUUUAUUCUCCAACAAAUUCUAUCGUUGUCUAUUAAAUUAACAACGAUAGACGAUUUACUGGAUUGAAUUAUACACUUUGAAAUAUACCCAGCGAUAUUGAAACAUUUUUUCUUCAGUAAAAGUUUGUCGGUUGAACGAGAAAAAAUUUAUGGCUAAACCGAAAAUUACAAAUAAAGCUCAAGAUACUGCCACCCUACUAAAAAUGUACAAUGUUCGACAUACUCCUAACACCUUUCUCAUGUAUAUUAUACGCCAGUGUUUGAUGUCAAAUUGACUGUUAAGAAAUCAACUUCUAUACAUGAGGAAAACGCUCUUUGUUCAUUGAUUUUCCGGUUCUUGACUCGA